UUCCUAUUCAUCGAACGAAUCAUCGCAUGACGAUAACGAAUAAUUUAUCGUCGGAUUCAUAACUCUCUGCGUUUUAGCACAUUCCAUAAAUCCAUGAAUCAGCAGGUUGCAUUUCAAGGAAUUUCCCUGACCGCGUAUACGAUAGAUGUAAUCUAUAGAAUGGAAAGAAUACGUAACGUAACGUGAAAAUAUUAAUACGAAUCGAUUCGAAUAAUACGAUUUAAAAUGAAUAUUUUCAUAAGGGACGUAUCUUAAAAGGGAAGAAAACACGAGAGGAAUGAAAAUUCGAAUAUGGUGGAAUCGUCGUUGGAAGGCAAGCUAAGGCUUCUACGUUCCCUCCUCUUUUCCUACGCUUUUGCUGGCAGAUGCGAGAGAGCGAAGAGAGAAUUUUUCUUUGUCCCUCUCGACAGUGACGGCGUCCACGUCCACUCCUCGAAACGAUAAACGUUGCGUUCUACCACGAUAACAAUCGGGAUAUCUCCUGCCUCUUUCAUUCACCACGAUAAUCUAUCUCUCUCCUUACCCCUAUCCCUCCUACCCUCUUUCUCUCUUUCCCACGGUCCUAUUCCGAUAUUCUUAAGCAAUCGUACGCAGAUGAUACACGCACCUCGUUCUUUCGCGAUAACGUUUUUCCUACAACUUUGAAUCGUCGUCGUCGUCGUCGUCGUCGUUUGAAUUAUAGCAUCCUCAAAUUAUGUGCCACGCGUUAAGGAUAGACUCGAUCGUCUAGAAAUAUUUCCUCUUGUUAUCUCUUUCCUAACGCCAGAAAUUCGAGUGGCUCUUGCGAGGAAAAGAGUGGAAAAAGAAAAAGAAAGAAAAAAAAAAGAAAGAAAAAAAAAGGAAAUGUAGCUCGAUACGAUCAGCAAUGGCGACGAUAGAAGAGACCCUUGAGGAAGCCCUUGGAAGGGCCCUACGAUCGAUAGCCCCGCCCCUGAUCUGACCGAGGAGCCUCUCCGACCCAUUCCAGACCCGUCGUCGUCGUCUUCUUCUUCUUCUUCUUCUUCUCCUCCUGUGCUUCGUCUUUCCUUCGUCUUCUACUUCCUUCUCCUCUCCUCUCUCUCUCUCUCCUCUCUCUCUCUCCUCUCUCUCUCUCUCUCGCACACGACGAAUCGAAGGAAGCAUUCCAUUCAUGUUUCGGGACGUCGCGCGACACGCUGAUCGCAUAGAGUGGAAUAGAAUACGAUAGAAGAUAUCUACGAGGAAAAGGAGGAAAGUGGAAACGAGUGGAAGACAUUUAGAGCGUCAUCGUUUACUGGCGCCACGGGAUAUAAUAUUCGUCGAGACUCGUCGAUGCGUUGUCCAGCUCUUCGUGAUCAGCAAACAACAGUGGAAGCCACCUUUCCCGAGUGAUUCUUCUUCGUUGGUGUGGAACGUCGAAACGACCCCGUUUUCCAAGAAGCCGAUGUCGAGAUAAUGCCACGUGAAAAGGCAUACUUCUACAUACACAAACUCGCUAGCUUCACCGCCGAUAACAUAGCCGAAAUGUGGUGAUGGCCGGAAGAUCUCGACGUCCGAGCUCAGAGCUCGGACCGGAUCUCUCAUCUACACAUUCGAAAAGACCCAAAUUAUCGGAUCUACCUCAAGAGGUUGCAUCUUACGUCACAGUCGAAGAGGAAGGUAACGUGGAAAAGGAGUUAGAAAGUAGCGAAAGGAUAACAACGCCAAAGGACGUUGAAGAAGAAGCAUUAAAUCUCUCACAAGAGACAUUGAGUGCAACGGAAUCUCCAAUAAAUGAAGUAAGCCCAGGACCAUCCUGGAGAGAUCACAACAUUCUAAAGCCUGACGAAGAGCAUACCGAUCAAGGAACGUCCCUUGACAUGAAAACCACUGAAUUAGAUUCUGCGGUAGAUGUACAAACAUCCUUAACGGGGGAACAUGCGUCAUACGAGGAAUUAUCUUAUAUUGGUAACGGUGCCUAUGGUACUGUUUAUAAAGCUAAAGAUUUAACCAGCGGUCAAGUAGUCGCGCUUAAAAAAGUUAGAGUACCAUUGACGGAAGAUGGACUGCCCACGAGUACAUUAAGAGAAAUAGCAACUUUAAAACAGCUUGAAAGAUUCGAACAUCCACAUAUUGUUAGAUUAUUAGACGUUUGUCAAGGCAAUUAUCAUCAAUUGCCUUCCAGCGACGAAAGAUCUGACCGAUCAAAUCAAGGGUUGACUCUUUGGUUAGUCUUCGAACAUGUGGAACAAGAUUUGGCAUCUUAUUUGUCGUCGUGUCCAGAGAUAGGCAUAUCGUCCCACAUUGUAAAGCAAAUGUCAAAGGAGAUCCUCCGGGGCGUUGAAUUUUUACAUAGUCACAGGAUUAUACACAGAGAUUUGAAGCCACAGAAUCUAUUAGUCACGCGAGAAGGAACGAUAAAAAUUGCUGAUUUUGGCUUAGCCAGAACAUAUGACUUUGAAAUGAGAUUGACUUCUGUGGUUGUAACCCAAUGGUAUCGAGCGCCAGAAGUUUUAUUAGGUUGCUCGUAUGCAACUCCCGUAGAUACGUGGUCAGUUGGUUGUAUAUUAGCUGAGCUUAGUAGCUUGAAACCAUUAUUUCCUGGUACCAGCGAAGGAGACCAAUUGGAUAGGAUUUUCCGUAUUAUUGGUACUCCAUCAGAAGUAGAGUGGCCAAAAAACGUAUCGCUUAGUUGGAAUGCAUUUCCUAAUAGACAACCAAAGCCUUUAAGUGAUGUAAUACCUAAUCUCAAUGAUGACGGAUUGAACCUUAUACAAUCUUUAUUAAAGUUUGACCCUCGUGUUCGUUUAACUGCUACUCAGGCUUUAGAGCACAAAUACUUCAAUGAAAAUGAUUCAUGUUUAGACUGAUAGAAUUAUUUUUAGGGAGCGUAAUUUAUCCAAUAAUAUCCAAAAUUAUACAUACAUAUAGAAAAUUUUGGAUAUUAUAAUUAACAUUUUUUAGGUUGUAACAAUAUCAUUUUCAACAAUAUCAUAUUAUAUAAGAUGUUUAAGUAAUUGUACAAGAUAUACCCAAGACUUGACCUUAGUUAUUAUAUAUUAUUUCAAUCUAUCUUUUAUAUACCAAUUUAGGUAUAUAAUAGUAAUAACGUAUAGUAUUUAAAAAGGUAUUUUAUAAUAACUCGUAAUUAAUGUUUAAGAAUUACGAUAUUUUCUAAAAACACAAAGACAUACUACUUCUGUAUUUUCUACGAAGUGACAAAUUUUCCUAAACUUCUACUGCGCGUAAAUUAAUUAGUUAUGAGCUAAUAGUGUUUAGCUUCGUUUAAUUAUAUACUUAAAUAUACACACGCGCACGCACGCACGCACGCGCGCGCACACACACACACACACACACACACACACACACAAAUAUAUAUUAUAAUAGGAUAAUUUUUAUAAGACUGGGGCCGUUUGACCUAUUAGAAUCAUUGAAAGAUUUAGGAUCUUUCAUAGGAAACCAGAAAAGACACUGCCAUAUCUUGUAAUAUAAAUAAGUAGCUAGAUAUAUUAAUACUAAGAUUGUAUUUUAUGUAAGAUAUCGGCUAUCAACGUAUAAAUAUCAGCGAUAUAUAUUUAUAUGUAUAUGUAUUAUGUACAUCUAAGAUAAUAAGAUACUGUAAUGUGUUAUUACAAAAGUUAAAAAGACUGUAUAAUAGAAUAAAAUCAUUUUAUAGUUUUGUAAA